AUGCUCAGAGAAACUGACGGCGAGAUCGCCGGCGAUAUUCCGACGGCAAAUCAAAACAACGUGAUGCGUCGCGAUAGAAUCAGCGAAUUGCCGGAUGAUUUGAUAGCUCAGAUACUCGUACGCCUCCCGAUCCGAGAUUCGAUCAGGACGAGCGUUUUAUCGAAGAGAUGGGAGUUUCUCUGGCUCAAGGUUCCUGUAUUGGACUUGAACGCGUUUGAUUUCUCUAGACUAGUCUUGGCGAGCAUCAUGGGGAGGUUUCUGGAGUCGAAUCAAAGAUCGUGCCUUCAAAAAUUCAAGAUAAAGUACGUGGACGACCUUGAGCUAAGGCACACUCUAGUCGACAGAUACACGGAUUGGGUUAUCAGAAUCAUCGAUCUCGGAAUUCAACAUCUGGAAAUCGAGAAACCGAUGUACCCAUUCGUUCUGAAGAAAUUGCCUAUGGACGUUUACAACAGUAAGACGUUGGUAUCUCUGAAACUUGCAAACGUGUGGUACAGGAAUCCGGAGAGGGAUGUUUCUCUGCCUAGUCUCAAGAUCUUGCAUCUUGAAGAUCCUUAUUUCGACGGUGGUGACAAUGGUCCUUUGAUUGUGGAUAAACUCAUCGCAGGGUGUCCUGUUCUUGAAGAUCUCACGGUGGUGAGAGAUUGUGUUCACUAUCUGAAAAGUCUGCCGCUGCUGCGUGUGAGGUCUCGGACUCUGAAGAUGUUCCGUUUGGUUUGUCAGUGGAGUGUUGUCAACGCGAAUUACGCUGUUGAGAUUGAUGCUCCGAGGCUCGAGUGUUUGAGUUUUGGAGAUGGUCAGUCUGAGAGGAUCACGGUGAAGAAUCUGAGCUCCUUGGUGAAGAUAGACCUUGAUUCCGUCUUUAACGUCUGUUUGUUUGGGAGCCGUCUUUUGCAACGGGAGGAUGCAGCCAAGAGUGACAGUAUCCGUGAUUUUCUCACCGGUGUUUCUACUGUAAGACACAUGAUCAUCUCUCAGCCUACUGUGGAGGUCAUCUAUCGACAUUUCAGAUUGGGGUUGAUUCCGAUAUUCCAUAACUUGAAUCGUUUGCAGGCUGCGUUCUCUAGCUCCGAGUUACAGCUGUUUCCAACCUUUCUUGAGAGCUGCCCUGUUCUGAAAAACCUCAUCUUGGACUAUUCUGUUUCAGAAGAGUGUGUUGCAGAGGAGCCAGAGCUAUUUGAGCUUACCUAUGUGCCUCGGUGUUUAACAUCUACUUUGGAGUAUGUUGAGAUUAAAGAACUGAUUAUGGAGGAGGAAACUGGGAUUAUACUAGUGGACUAUUUGCUCGAGAACUCAGCAGUGCUCAAGAAGCUCACUCUGAGGUUAGCAGACUCUCCUAUGAUGACCAACCAAGAUUCAGAGAUGUACAGGAAGCUUAUUACAUCCACAAAGCUUUCUCGAAGCUGUGAAGUUUCCGUUUAUUGA